AAAAGAGCAACCCUGUUUUUGGAGGGAUCGGAGGGGACGAACUAAUGUCUUCAUUGAGACCUUCUCAAGAUAAUUGUCAGACCUUAAUCAAUUUUACAAGAGCUUUGCAAUCAUGCUACUGCCAAGCGCAACCUGACGAGCCUCGCUACACCUGCCCCUGCUCAGAAACGCUCAGAAAACGCGUGUCGAUAGGUCGGCUACCCCAUGGCAAAGGACUUCACCUCACUUACUGCACAGACAACUCUCGCUUCGUUUUACAGGAAACCGGUUGCUAGUUGAAGAAAAGCGAGCAAACAUCUGCCAAAAACGUCAUUUAUUGGAGAAUAUCAAUAGCAUAAGAACGUUAAGAGGAUGUCAGCUGUGGAAAGAUACGGGGCUUUGUUGACUUAGUUGUGUGAGCCGGUGUGCGUUCCGCUGGACGUCCACUCUCCGUCACCAUGCACCCUUGGAGGGCUGAGGAGGGUCCGGCCCCGCAGAGCCCACCCCAGGCCCAGUAGCCCGCCGCCAGGGGGCCCUGACGGAUGGCCUCCUCGCCCUGGUGUGAGGCAGCGCCGUGCGUCCUCCCCACCUUGCCCUCGGCCCUCGGUGCCGCCCGGCCCGCGGCAGUGUGAUGAAGACAGCCAGCCGGACCCAGACGCGCCGCAGCAGCAGCAGCCCCCCCCCGCACGUCCAGAUGAGGCGCUACCGCCCCGCCGGGGUCUACCCCUUCCUCUUCCCCACGGUCAUCAGCUCGCUGGGGCGCCCUCCCGCGCCCUCCAGGCUGCACGUCCAGCUGCCUUCCAGCAGCAGCACGCCAUCGCCUGCAGCCAUCGAGACCCAGAGCACCAGCUCUGAGGAGCUUGUCCCCAGUCCGCCAUCUCCGCUGCCCCCACCACGAGUCUACAAGCCCUGCUUCGUGUGCCAGGACAAGUCCUCUGGGUACCACUAUGGCGUCAGCGCCUGUGAGGGAUGCAAGGGUUUUUUCCGCAGAAGCAUCCAGAAGAACAUGGUGUACACGUGUCACAGGGACAAGAACUGCAUCAUCAACAAGGUGACGAGGAACCGCUGUCAGUACUGCCGCCUGCAGAAGUGCUUCGCAGUGGGAAUGUCCAAAGAGUCCGUUCGGAACGACAGGAACAAGAAGAAGAAGGAGAGCCCCAAGCCGGAGCUGGCAGAGAGCUACGAGAUGACAGCCGAGCUGGAGACCAUCAUAGAGAAGAUCCGCAAGGCUCACCAGGAGACCUUUCCUUCUCUCUGUCAGCUGGGUAAAUACACCACGAACUCGAGUGCAGACCACCGCGUGAGGCUGGACCUGGGCCUCUGGGACAAGUUCAGUGAGCUGGCCACCAAGUGCAUUAUCAAAAUCGUGGAGUUUGCCAAACGAGUGCCUGGCUUCACCGGUCUGACCAUCGCUGACCAGAUCACGCUGCUCAAAGCUGCUUGCCUGGACAUUCUGAUCCUGCGCAUCUGCACGCGCUACACCCCGGACCAGGACACCAUGACCUUCUCAGACGGGCUGACCCUCAACCGGACGCAAAUGCACAACGCUGGCUUCGGCCCUCUCACAGACCUGGUGUUCACCUUCGCCAACCAGCUGCUGCCCAUCGAGAUGGACGACACGGAGACAGGCCUCCUCAGUGCCAUCUGUCUCAUCUCCGGAGACCGACAGGACCUGGAGGAGCCCUCCAAGGUGGACCAGCUGCAGGAGCCUCUGCUGGAGGCCCUGAAGAUCUACGUGAGGAAGAGGAGGCCCAGCAAGCCCCACAUGUUCCCCAAGACCCUCAUGAAGAUCACCGACCUCCGCAGCAUCAGCGCUAAAGGUGCGGAGCGUGUCAUCUCGCUGAAGAUGGAGAUCCCAGGCUCCAUGCCGCCGCUCAUCCAGGAGAUGCUGGAGAACUCGGAGGGCCAGGACGGCCAGAGCAGCGGCAGCCCCGAGGACGGAGAGGCCAGCCCCGGCAAGGACAGCCCCAAGGAGGAGGCAAACGAGGAGGACAAGGAGGACAAAGCGGACAUGGGGGACAAGGGGCCCAAGCCCUGCCCGGAGUCACCUGGGUCAUCCGACAGCGAGGAGGCCACAGCCACCCCUAGUGAGGAACCCUAGGGACCCCCCUCCCCCACUCCAGGGGCCUCCCAGACUCUCUGACAUUCCUUUGCACAGAAAAGAAAGAGGUAGACAGCCGGUGAAGGUGGACCCUUUCUCCCUCUCUCCCUCUCUCCCUGUACCCUGAACCUCGGCAACUCACCUUUGCUUACUCUUACGUUAUCCUCUCCCUCUUUCUCUUAUUUUCUCUCUCAAAAAAAAGACAACACAGAGGCCUAGAAGGACCAGUGCUUUGUGUAUAAAUCCUGAACUGAGCUCUUAUUGACGUUGUGUCUCUGGGACUGGGGUGUGGCGGGUUUGACCCUCACGUCCACCUGUACACAGUGAUACUCCUCAGGUCUCCUAUGUAAAUGACUACCUGCAUGAUGGACUCGGGAGUUUGAUAAGUGGAUUUAAUCUCUCUCAUUCUUUCAAUCUUUCAUAUUGUUGGCAUACAUUGUACAUACCAUUGUAUGGUUAGACCUCUUUUUUUAUGAUGAAUUUUGUGGUGCUUUUUUCAUUGUCUUAAAUAUUAUCGUUUGAGGCGAUACAUUGAGGUUUCAAGAGGGGCAAUUGGAAGUCCUUUACAAACUGUUAUAUAGAAUGUUCUUGCAUAUAGACCGUAUGGAAGUCUAAUAUUUUCUAUAUGUUCUUAUAUUUAAAUCUUUUUUUGUUUUUGUCUUUUAUAUAUCUCUUAUGUUCAUGUUUGUACAUGAAUGAGUCUACAUUCACACAGCCAGAAUGCAAGGCUUCCCUCCUGCAUAAGCAGCAGAACCUUCUCUGCUGUUUCCUCAAAGAAGGGAAGCCCAACUGACAGCCAUAGAUACAACCUUGUAAAACUGAAUCUGACCUUUUACAACUGUUCAGGCCUAAAUAAACACACACAAAAAUCCACCUUGCCGAAAAUUACAUCACCGGAUUAAGAAUGUUUUAAUCCAAAGAUUAAACUCGGUGGAGUCGGUUUAGGUGGAAAUGAUCGUAGUUUGCUCAGUGAGGUCUCCUAAGACUGAAUUGAUGUGGUGAAAUGAAUUCUGCACUAUGUGCUACUUCAAUAUCCCAGGCAGGUUCAGUCUAAUGAAGGUGUAUCUGUGGCUGAAAGCUUCUACAAGCAACUGGGUAACGCAAAGCGCACAUGGGCUCUAAGACAUACCUUCAGACGGAGCUCUAUGUCGAGAACUUCUAUCCCUCCUUUACAUAAGUGUCUUUUUCUUUUUUACGGUUGAACGCGGGACAUUGCAAUCCUUAAUACAUAUUCAUGACCGAACCGCUUUGUCGGGAAGAUUGUACACUAAUGUUAUCUCUCCUAGUAGAUUGGGAAAGAUCCACAAAUCCACUACAAGCAGUGUGAUAUAUUUUGCCUUGCUUCUCAAGACUGACCACAGUAAUGCUAAGGAGAUUUCUGAUAUCCCUCCGCCGCUGAGCACAGUGCAGUAUGGCAGGCAUGCUGCCUCCCCUUAGGAAAGUAGAUCCGACUUGGCCCUUUAUCUCAGGGGUCGGGGGACUCCACUUAACGCCUCGCACUGACCACAAUGGUCCUCCUGAUAUUAAUAUCAUAGACAAGCUGCUUUUCUCCAGAGACAAAGUCACAGAUUAUAUUUAACACAAAGAGUUUUAAACCCCUAACUAGAAAUCUCCAUUUUUAGAAACAGGACCUCUUAAGCCUGUUAGUAUCCCUUGUGGUUGGAAGACAAGGGCUGUGUUUCAAAUGUUGACCAGUGGAUCUGCUGUUGGGCACCAUGGGGGGAAUUCUUAUCGUAGCACUUAUACUGUAAAUGAUGAACCUUAUAUGCUAUUAAGGCUGAAUGAUACUAACACGGUGACGAUUUGAGGUUAAAAAAACGUUCUUGUUACAUGAAACCUCACAUUCUCAGACAAAACCUAAUUCUAUAAGCUAGAGCCACAAACUUAUCCUACCACAAGGGAAAUUAAGGCUACUACAUUUCUGGAACCCAAUAAAUGCCCUGCUAUCUUCUGCUCACACUCAUCUCCAACAUGGAAAUACAUAUCAUAAGGGAAAACACAACCGUUUCAGUUUUUUUUACCAUGUUUGAAUGUGAAGAUGUUCAAGGAAUUGCAUAGAAAUUAUAUGAUAUGCAGUGUUUAAGGACUACAUCUUUUGAAGCAGCUUUUUAUCUGUAACUCAUUACAUAAAAAAAAGAAAAAAAAAAAGAGGAAAAAGCGCUCUCUCUCUGUCGCUGUCUACCUGAGAGGUUGGGAGGAGAGCUGGAACAGUGCGUCUAUGAAGCUGGAAAACCUUCAUGGCCGAUGAAUGUCCACACCCCCCCCCCCCUCCGAGCAUUCAGCCAGAAGGUUGCCUGGACUCAGAGGGAGAAUCGAUCCAUUUCAUGAGAGAAAAAAAAACAAAAAACAUGCUGAAUUAUUACUCAAGGUUUAAUUUUAUCUUCUGUUGAAUGUCGUACCGAUGUAACUGUAAUAUUGACUAUCUCGCUGCGGACAUGUUGUUCUGUUGCGUUCCGGUCUGCAGCUCCGUGGCAACGCUGGGCCAGCUGGCCCUUCAGAGCGUCAUCUCAUAGCCACACCCUCCGGCGGUGGAGUGGGCCCAGGCGUCAGGCCCAGGCGUCCCCUCCACACGGGUCAGGACAUGAGGGACCUGCAGGGGCCACAGUCCCCCAGGUGGGGAUGACCAGUCAUCUCAGGCCCCAGCGCUGGCUUGUCAAGCUCCCUGCUGGGUCAUCUCCCACCACAACAGAGCUGCUUUCCCUCUGGCGUUGGGAAGCCAAGACGCUGUCGCCAUUCAAUCAAACUCAAUCUAAAUGGCCGCAGUCUGGUUAUGGCUAAGCAGAGUGACUCAUGGAAACUAAAAGGGCGCAGAAUAGGAAUGUCAACUUCGGACUUACUAUCUCGAAAGCAGCCCUGUUGUAGGAUCUGUUCCAAAGGUUUUGUCGGUCAGUAAACAUCACAGGAUCUCUCUGGUCGCCUUUCUUCACCAGUCUUGGUAAACCUCACCGUCAUAUGCAGUGUUGUAAAGUUGUUGUGUUAUGAGACAUGAUCAAAUAUGGUUGAGUUUUUUUUGUUUUUCUUGUCUUAUUGGACAUGGAGGUUGUGGGGUAGUAGUCUCCAUGGCAACUACUGUCCCAGAAGCCCCUUCUCUGCCCUGGAGGGAACCAUCCUUAAAGAUGGCGGUGGAGCUCUGCGGUUUGAGCUUCUAUCCGUUCCAUUCUACAUUUUCAAUAUUGUCUUUGUUUGUGCAUUAACAAUGCUUUUUAUGUUCAUAUAAUGUUUAACUUUACCAUGAACUGCCCUGGCAAAGUAAUAAAAAAAUAUAUUUAUUUUAAAAUACAAAAGGUGUUGAUCUGUUUUGAGUUGAGAUGCCCAGACGCGUUGCU